GCCCCCAGUACACAAUGGCCUGUGAUGGGCCACGCUUUGCAAUGCACAAUGGUAGGCCACGAUCACUUGGUGUUCACACAAUGGCGCAUGGCUCAUUGCUGCCUGGCAAACCACUUGCGAUGGACGUCGAAGUAAUUACGGCUGCAGCUAUUUAUUUGUAUACUGUUUACAAGUAUUACAGAAGUGUGUACCGUCACAAAGUUAUUAAAAAGAAAUGGCGAAAAAGGCGAUGGUGGAUGCUGACCAUUCAUCGAAACAGGACAAGGCAAUUCAUGGACAAUCUGUUAAGCGACCUUGUUGCAGAACCAUCAGGGGAAUUCGAUAACUUUGUUCGUAUGUCAUCUAGUGAUUUCGAGUAUAUAUUGCAAAAAAUAUCGCCAAUUAUUGCAAAAAAGGAUACAUAUUGGCGAGAAGCAAUACCUCCAAAAAUAAGAUUGGCAUUGACAUUGCGAUUUCUUGCGACUGGAGACAGUUAUAGGAGCCUGCACUACCAUUUUAAAAUAUCAAGUACACUCAUAUCUAGAAUUAUUCCUGAAGUAUGUUUGGCUCUGAACCAAGUGCUAAAGGACAUGAUUAAGAUUCCCACAAGUCCUGAAGAAUGGCUGACCAAAACGGAAGGAUUCAGCUUUCCACAUUGUCUUGGCGCGAUAGAUGGGAAGCAUAUUACCAUAUUAGCACCAGCUCAUACCGGAUCUGAAUACUUUAAUUACAAAGGAAGUUUCAGCAUCGUUUUAUUAGCCCUAGUAGAUAGUGAUUACUGUUUUUUGUUUGCUGACAUAGGAAGCCAAGGGAGAAUUAGUGAUGGAGGUGUUUUAAAUCAAAGCAAUUUGUGGAAAAAAAUAUGUGAUGGGACCCUUAAUUUACCACCUAGUUGCCCACUUCCUGGAAGUAAUACUAAUAUGCCUUAUGUUUUUCUGGGUGAUGGCGCUUUUGCUCUUAGUACUCAUAUUAUGAAGCCCUUUCCUGGACAUCAUCAGUUGGGUACCCCAGAAAGAAUGUUCAAUCAACAACUAUCACGUUCUCGUGCGGUCGUAGAGAAUACUUUCGGGAUAUUAUCGUCAGUUUUUAGAGUAUUUAAAAGACCUAUUCCAUUAGAUGUCGUUAAAACUUCUAUUAUAACCCACAGCUGUUUAUUACUACACAAUUUUUUAAGAAAGAGCAAAUCAUCUCGCAAUAUUUAUACUCCACCAGGCAGUACUGACAGCUAUGAUAGGAAUGGUGAAUUAAUCCAUGUAGGUAUGAGAGUAAACCAUGAAGAAAAUCUACGAGGGGCGGCUGAAAAGUUUUGA